AUGCCCGCCCUCAAGAACGCACAACCCCAAGAAUCAACAUCACCAAAAUUGCCCAAAAACGAAGAACCACUCGCUUUUUCCGGUCUCAGUCUCGAUCUCGGUCUCGACCUCGGUCUCCCCUCCGAGAUUAAAGUACUUGUUUUUGAUUAUCUGAGUAUCAUAGAUGCAGGAUCCCUACGGUUAACAUCUCGAGCUUGGGCUAUAACGGGGACUGAGAGACUAUUUAGGGAUGGCUUUAAACUUCACCCUCAUUGUCAACCAACGGAUAUGGAGAGACUGCGCAAAGUAUCAGAAUAUCCACACCUAGCUCAAACGAUCAAGUCGAUAGUCAUAUUUCUGGACUCAAGCGAUGCGAGGAAAUGGACCUUUUACUUCUCAGAUGCGAGAGAAAUUCUUCGGCGACGAAUCGCGAACGAACCCGGAUUUUGCGAUCCCGUUUACUUGACAACAGCUUUCAAUAACUUUCCCAAUCUUAGGAACCUCACGAUUACUUCACUCAGUUAUCCACUCUCGGAAAAUAUGUUUCAAUCAACGUCAACAUGGAUCCCUAACUGGAACUCGACAGCUGAAGAAGAGAGAACACAUUUCAUGGCCGAUGAUUUAUCUCAAUGGUAUUAUACUUCAAUAGUAGCAGCGGUUAAUGCAGCCAAUGUGCCACUUUCAUCGGUCGAGUUUGAUUGCCUACCCAUGGACUGUUUGUCAUCUCAGGAACUUGUGUCCCCUCCUUUCAUUCCUUUGCAACCAUCUCUACAUCGACUUUGUCUCAUAUCCGAGUAUCCUAGCCAUCCAUAUAAAUCUCUUAAUGGACUCGUUUCUUCUCUCAAGCAAUUAUCGAUUGGGUUUUGGGAUUAUGGGUUUACUUCAUGGCAGGACGCACUCGUUGCUCAAAGAAUUGCGGAUCUUUUAAUUUCAGCACAAAACCUUCGGAGAUUAGACUUGAUGUUUGCCAUGAACCUUGCUACAAAUAUGACGCCGGAAUUCCAGAUCUCUUGGCAGAAUUCUUUCUAUAGUAUUACGAUCCCUCGUUUGGAAAGUCUUCGUCUCCAUCAAACAGAUGUUCCAGGACCACUUCUCGUCUCGUUCCUCAAGCGUCAUCGCUCCACUCUCAAGAAUUUACAUCUCAGCGGAGGAUAUGGAUGUGGACCUGGCAGUGGCUGGAAUUACUUGACCCGUUUUCAAUGGAAGGAUAUCCUGACCACUUUGAAAGAUGAUCUCGCACUCGAAAAGUUCGAACUCCUGACGUAUGACGAUAGGAGCAAUAUAUAUGAUUGGAAUUGGAAUACAGUUCCUGGUACAGAGAUAACCUUUGCAAAAUUGUUGGAGAAUUAUGUGUUAAAGAAAAGUCCGUGGCCGUUUCUUAUGCCGGCGGAGAAGACCAGGGAUUUCUAUUGGGGUUGGAGAGUUGAUGCGCAGGUUUGGAGAAUGUGCUGA